CAGGAUCCUGUCUGGGACCUGGCCUUCUUGCUGUCCCGUUCUUUUCUCCUGGUCUAGGGGAGGGGCUGGCUCAGCGUUUCUCUGGCUUCAUUCUCCAGAACUACCUGCUUCAGCCACACUGGAUUAGUUACUUUCUCACCUUUCUCCUUUGGCCACUUAAUGGGCACGAAGGAGAUGUGAAUGGGGGGCAUCCUUUGAUGGCAUCAGGACUUCAGCUUUGGGUGCCCUGUGUCCCAUCUCUGGUGUCAGCUGCAGUUGUGAUGGACAGUUGCGUGGAAGCUCAAACUCGCGCUGACAGUGGACCCCUCACGUGAACGCAUGUCUCUGCUUUCCUGCCUAGGAGUCCUGUCUCGAGCUGCAGCAGCCUACUCGCCCCGUGAGGAGUACAGGCUGCAAGUGUGUAUGGGGGCAUCAAUGCCUCUAGGACAACCCUCAAACAAUGGGCGAGCCGGUGUAAGUGCCGCACGCUCUCUCUCUCUGGAAGGCAUUGUGUACUUCUCAGAGGUGUCUGAUACCUACUGAAGGGACUCAGGAGCACACCCUCACUGGCUCUCCUCUAACCUCUCUUCCCCUGCUCCUCACUCUUGCUUCCCGAGCUGACCUCCCAAAUACAGGAUCACCUGUACAGACAUCCUCAACUCAGGCUUUGCUUUGUAGGGAACCUAAACUGAGACAAUACUGGUGUCCUGGCUCCCAAGGAACCCCCAGUUCUGGCUGUUGACUGGGCAGGGGCCUUUCUUUCCCCUUCCUUCAACUUUAUCAAUCUACCAAGUCCUCCUGAAAUUUCUUCAUUUCCAGGCUUUGCCUGACUUCUCCACCCAGAGGCGGCUUCUUUCCAGUAUGUCUCUACCACUGCACUCUUUCCUUUCUCUUGUCCUCUAUCCUGGUGCAGCUCGGUAGUGUGGUCUCUUCAUGGUUGUGUGUUAUGAUUCCUCAACCAGCUUAUAAGCCCCUUACACCUUCAUGCGUCCCCCUCUUACCCCCAGAACUUAGCACCAUGCUUGACACUGAAAGUUGUCAUUGACAGCCUGGUGAGAGCCCUGAGGGAGGAAUGACUGGGGCAGGGCCCAAGGCAAGACCAGAGAGGGGUAGGUGGGAAGCUGAGGAAAAGGCUCAGCAGGGGCAGGAGUCCAGAAACAAGGGAGGGUAGAACAGCUUGGGGAGUGAGUGGUUUGGGUCACCUUCUCUGUGAGUGCAGGCCAGGGAGCCCAGAGAGCAUAAGGGACUGUGAGCAUAAGGUGGGGAGGGUGAUGAGUGCAGAGGCAGGACCCAGGGUCAGGAUUAUGCAGUGGCCCUCCGCACCUACACCACCGGGGAAGCGUGUCUGCACCCCUUCAGCUUAUCCUGUUUCCUGGAGAGGCGGGCUCUCACAGGCCUGAACGUGUUAGUGAUGGGAAGGAGUUGGAGGAGGGAGGGGCCCCAGCAAAGGCUGAGAGAAGCCCCACCUUGUCCCUGCCUCUUCUCACCCUCUGAACACCUGACAGGCACAGGACAGGCGUCCGCACCUCGCCCAACCACCUCGCUCACCGCUGCUUUGCUUUUCAGCUUCCCCAGGCCCCUGGCGGCCCCCAACCCUGCUAGCUCCCAGCUGGCCCCGUGUAGGUGCAGAAGGAUGUCAGUCUGCUACCGUCCCCCCGGGAACGAGACGCUGCUGAGCUGGAAGGCCUCGCGGGCCACAGGCUCGGCCUUCCUGCUGCUAGCUGCGCUGCUGGGGCUGCCCGGCAACGGCUUCGUGGUAUGGAGCUUGGCGGGCUGGCGGCCCGCACGGGGGCGACCGCUGGCGGCCACGCUCGUGCUGCACCUGGCGCUGGCCGACGGCUCGGUGCUGCUGCUCACGCCGCUCUUCGUGGCCUUCCUGACCCGGCAGGCCUGGCCGCUGGGCCAGGCGGGCUGCAAGGCCGUGUACUACGUGUGCGCGUUCAGCAUGUACGCCAGCGUCCUGCUCACCAGCCUGCUGAGUCUGCAGCGCUGCCUGGCCGUCACGCGCCCCUUCCUGGCGCCCCGGCUGCGCAGCCCGGCCCUGGCCCGCCGCCUACUGCUCGCCGUCUGGCUGGCUGCUCUGCUGCUCGCCGUGCCGGCCGCCGUCUACCGCCACCUCUGGGGGGACCGCGUGUGCCAGCUGUGCCACCCGUCGCCGGCCCACGCUGCCGCCCAUCUGAGCCUGGAGACCUUGACGGCCUUCGUGCUUCCCUUCGGGCUGGUGCUCAGCUGCUACAGCGUGACCCUGGCGCGGCUGCGGGGCGCCCGCUGGGGCGCCGGGCGGCACGGCACGCGGGUGGGCCGGCUGGUGAGCGCCAUCAUGCUCGCCUUUGGCUUGCUCUGGGCGCCCUACCACGCUGUCAACAUUCUGCAGGCGGCGGCUGCGCUGGCUCCGCCCGAAGGAGCUUUGGCGAGGCUCGGCGGCGCGGGCCAAGCGGCGCGAGCUGGGACGACGGCUUUGGCCUUCUUCAGCUCCAGCGUCAACCCGAUGCUCUACCUCUUCACCGCCGGGGAUCUGCUGCCCCGGGCAGGCCCCCGCUUCCUCACGCGGCUCUUUGAGGGCUCCGGAGAGACCCGAGGGGGCAGUCGCUCUAUGGAGGGGACUCUGGAGCUCCGAGCUACCCCUCGGCUCAAAGUGCUGGGGCAGGGCAGGGGCAAUGGAGACCCUGGGGGCGGGGAGGAAAAGGACAGUCAGGGAUGGAACCCUUGACACCAAACCCUACAACCGGGCCUGCUCUUUCCUGUCCCUUUCCAUCGCCCCCCAGAACUCAGGGAACCACUCAGGAGCAUUUGGGGAUGCUUCUCUGACCAUAGUUUGGAUCUGUCUGGGUAGAAUUAUUAUACACCUGGUGCAGGCCCAGGUUCCUCCAAACUGAGGGGUUGCCGGUGGUGAUGGUCCAUGUGAAUGAGUAUUGUGUACUUGCAGGCUGGCAUGUGCUCAUGUGCCAGAGCUGGUUACUUGUUGCCAACAGCCAUGGUGACAUAUGCUGGGCAGCCAUGACAUGAUGGCUUAAGCAUGCUCCCCCUGGUGGUGCAUCAUGACUGAGCUGUCGUGAAGCCACCUGGUUCCCUGCUGGGUCAGGCCGAGGCUGGGCAGUGCCAGCCUUCAGUGGCAUCUUGGCCUGUCCUCCCUAGCCCGGGUCGCCUGGUUCCCCCAGGCUAACCCAUAGAACCACUCUGAAAAUAAAGAGAGAAAGAGGAAGGGAAGGUAUGGGCGCUUGGAUGAGGGGUGAGGGUGAGAUCCAUUCUCUGGGGUCUGU